AUGAGAAUAAAACCAACAUUAGCAGAUAUUUUUUCUGCUAAUGUUGGUUCUAUAAAGACUGAGCUUGCAGAACUGACUUUGCAGAGAAUUCGAGGAGUGAAGAAACUAGCCUUUUUCCAGGCGUUUUUAAUGAUUAUGAUACCUUAUGAGCUUGAGCUUUUUGGGAUAACGCUUUUCGACAUGGCUUUGAGCGUUGCACUACCUCUAGUAGGCUUGGAGACAGAGAAUUUUAACUCGUACAGUUCAUUCGGGCAUAUCAUCGACAUAGCGGGCCUAUCUCAGUCUCAAACAAGCCCCAGUCCGUCUGUCUCCAGCGAAUCUAGCGGUAUCGGGUCGCUGGGAUCUCUAAAAUCAGAAUCGGUGAACAGUGACUCCUUGCCAUCUAGUCCUCAGACAACAGAGAAGAAAAUAUUCGAACCAGUUGUGCAACCCCAGCCACGUCCAAAGGAGAAGAAAGCUGACGAUGUCAAAAUCGCUUAUGGAGGGCGUGAUGUCCUCAACCUGAUGGGCAAUCUCACAGAUCCGCGGUGGAGCUACCGCCCCACUGUUCUUCCACCAAAUAACCCAGCGCUGUUCUUCGCCAACCGCUCCCAGUAUCACCGGUUGGGCCCGUAUGGAACUCGCACACAUUUUUGCUGUUCCGGCUUCCUCCGUGAACUUCCAGUCCAGGCUGUUCUUUUGAAAUGA